AUGACUAAUAACUUCCAAACAGUCAUCGGGGAAGGAGGGUUUGGAAGCGUUUAUCUUGGAUUUGUCAACGGUGCAGAACAAGUAGCUGUUAAGGUCCUCUCUCAAUCAUCAUCACAAGGAGAUAGUCAGUUCAGAGCCGAGGUUACGUACAGCUACUGCUCAAGGUUCAUCACAAGAACUUGGUUGGAUUUGUUGGGUGUUGCCAUGAGGGAGAGAAUAUAUGAUCAGACUCGGUACAGCUACUGCUCAAGGUUCAUCACCGAGUCUGCUCAAGAUUACUUACAUAGCGGUUGUGCUCAGGCAAUAGUUCAGAGAGACGUCAAAACAACAAAUAUUUUGUUGAAUGAGCAUUAUGAAGCCAAGGUGGCUGAUUUCGGGCUGUCAAAGUCACUCCCAAUCAGAGAAAGCCAUGUGUCGACCAUUGUCGCUGGAACUCCCGGAUACCUCGACCCGGAAUACUACAGAACGGGAUGGUUAACUACAAACAGCGAUGUGUAUAGCUACGGAGUUGUACUGUUGGAGCUCCUCACAAACCAACCCGUGGUUGACCAAAGCCGUGAGCAGGAUCAUAUUGGAGGGUGGGUAGGACUAAAGCUUACCAAUGGAGGAGACAUAAGCACCAUCAUGGAUCCAAGACCCAGAAAUUAUAAUUCUGGCUCUGCAAGGCAAUAUGUUGAGUUAGCCAUGGCUUGCCUAAAUCCAUCUUCCUCGGAAAGACCGACCAUGUCUCAGGUUGUUGAUGAAUUAAAGCAGUGUUUGGCAUCUGAACUCUCAACAAGAGCAGGACCGAGUCGUGACACUGACAUGGACAGUUAGUUCCACAGAUACUGAAAUAAAACCCGGCCGCAGCUCGAUAGAUUAUUUUCUAUUUACAUGAUGUUUCAAUUUUCUCCACAAACUAUCUUCAAUUUCUUGUCAAACGCUACCAACUUGUCUUAAAUUCUCAAGUGAAAUAAUAUAUUGAAAUUCUCUUUUUGAUUUU